AUGGAAAUGGGAGCAGAUUACUAUGGAUUUUAUCACGAGAUUUCCAAGAACCUCAACAGGACAAAUUGGGUCGUUACAGCAUACAGGACAACAUUCAAAACUCCUAUUGGGAAAUCACCUUUUCAAUUGCUGUAUGGAAAAUCCUGUCACCUUCCUGUGAAGCUAGAACACAAAGCCUAUUGGGCCACUAAACUCCUAAAUCUUGACUCUCAAGCAGCAGGAGAGAAAAGGCUACUACAACUGAAUGAGUUGGAUGAGUUCAGGUUGGAAGCCUAUGAGAAUGCUAAGAUAUACAAGGAAAAGGCUAAGAGAUGGCAUGACAAGAGAAUCUCAAAGAAAGAGUUCAAACCAGGACUGCAAGUGCUCGUGUAUAACUCUAGACUCAAGGUUUUCCCUGGAAAACUCAAGUCCAAAUGGACUGGCCCCUACUUGGUGACAAAGGUCCUCCCUUAUGGAAGCCUUGAACUUCUGAAUGAAGCCACAAAGGACAUCUUCACAGCAAAUGGUCACAGAGCAAAGCAUUAUUUAGGAGGCCCUAGGAACAAAGAGGAAAGCAUCCAUGAGCUGGGAUGA